UUCUUAAGCAACGAGGUAGAGUGAAGUCAUGGCAGCACAGAUUGAUCAGGAGACUCUUCAAGAGAAGUAUGAAUGGAGUGAUCUAGAGCUGCGGCCAUACCAGCUGGAGGGCGUUAACUGGAUGCUUGGUUGUCAUGGUGAUGGACAUGGCUGCAUCUUGGGAGAUGAGAUGGGACUGGGGAAAACUUGUCAGACAAUUGCUAUGUUGAGUGUGAUCAAAGGACUGGAAAAUUCAUCUAAACCACAUCUGGUUGUAUGCCCUAGAACAGUACUAGAAAAUUGGGAACAAGAGUUUCGGAGGUUUAGCCCUUCCCUUGAGGUCCUUGUCUACUUUGGCAAUAAGGAAGAAAGAGCUAAAAUUGCUCUGACUAUGCAACGAUCACAGAACAGGUCCAAGUUUGGAUUUGAUGUGCUGCUCACUACAUAUGAGAUAUGUAUGAAAGACUACCUGACCUUGAUGAAGAUCCCAUGGUGUGUGCUGGUCGUAGAUGAAGGCCAUCGGCUGAAGAACGUGGAAUCUCUUCUCUACAAGACCCUGGAGGAGUGGGAUGUUGCAUCCAGAAUCUUGCUGACCGGCACUCCAGUUCAGAACAAUCUACGAGAGCUCUACGCUCUGCUCAGCUUUGUGGACUGCUCCAAGUUCAAACCUUCUCGUCUGGACCGGUUUGUGGAGAAGUAUUCACGGGAGAGCCAGGAUGUGAGCGAACUGCACCUACUGAUGAAGCCGUACUUCCUGCGACGUACAAAGUCCACUGUUCUUGCUGAUCUCCCAGAGAAGUCGAACGUGGUUCUCUAUCACGGUCUAUCAGCACUGCAGAAGAAACUGUACAAGGCUAUCCACACCAAAGAUAUCGAGGUGUUUGAGAGUCGUGUUGGUGGAAGUCAGACCCGACUAAUGAACAUCUUGAUGCAGCUUCGGAAGUGUGUUAACCACCCUUAUUUGUUUGAUGGUGUUGAACCAGAACCCUUUGAGCAGGGUGAGCACCUGGUGGAGAGUUCCCACAAGCUAGUCCUCAUUGACCGUCUCUUGAGCUCCCUGCACCAGGAAGGACAUAAGGUCCUGCUCUUCUCUCAGAUGGCUCGCAUGCUGGACGUCCUGCAGGACUAUUUGACCUUUCGAGGAUACACAUAUGAGCGUCUAGACGGCUCAGUGCGUGGGGAGGAAAGAUUUAUGGCAGUACAGAACUUCAACGAGAAAGAUGAUACUUUUGUUUUCUUGCUGAGCACAAGAGCAGGUGGUCAAGGGCUGAACCUGACGUCAGCAGACACCGUCAUCUUUGUGGACAGUGACUUCAACCCACAGAAUGACCUGCAGGCCGCCGCCCGGGCACACCGGAUUGGGCAGGACCGACCAGUGAAGGUAAUACGGCUCAUAGGAAGGAACACCGUGGAAGAGAUCAUUUUACGUCGGGCUGAAGAGAAGCUCAAACUCACCGAGAAAGUCAUCGAAAAAGGAGCGUUUGCAUCCGCGUCGACCAGCCGACAGGCUUUUGCUCAAAAUGGAGGACAGCUUCAGGAGAUUCUCAAGUUCGGAGUGGAUGAACUUUUGACCGAAGCCAAAGCGGACGAACCAGUUGAUUUUGCCCAGAUUCUCGGCCGCUCCAAAGGUGGGCAGUGGGUGGUGGAGAAGGAGGAUCAAGAUGAGAAAGGAAUGGAUGAAGAUGAGGAGGAAAAUAAUGGGGAAAAAGCAGAGGCUGGACCGUCUGUGCAAACCAUGGAGUUGGAUGAUGAUGGAGAACCUGCUCAAAGUAUGUACAUGUUUGAGGGCACGGAUUACUCGAAGGAGCCAACAGCGGCCGACAUCAAAGCUUUUGACGAGCUCAUACAGGCGGAGAAGGAAGCCGUAGUAGCUAAGGCAACAGGGGAGAGAAAUCUGCGUCGAGCUGGCACGAGUGUUGGAGCGCUUAUUGCCCUUCCGAAGAGGAAACAAAGCAAACAACUGACUGCUGAAGAACUGGAGGAGAGAGAGAAGAAGAGACAAGAAGCUGCAGAAAACCGCGCUAAGAAGGCAGAGGAACAAGCUCGUCUACGAGCGGAGGAAAAGAAAAAGAAAAGGGAUGCUCUCUGGAAGGCCAAUGACUAUGUGUCUGUAAACAUUGCUUUAGAGAAAGAUAUGGAGGUGGAUGAAGAGGAGGAAGAACAAAGGAUUGUCCUUACUUUGGAUGCAGAUGAGGAUGAGGAUAGAGAGAGUGCUGGAGGAACUGAUGCAGGAGAUCGGAGGAAACGUCUGGCCUUGAACUACGUGAUAGGAGACGUUACUCAUCCAGUUGAUGCUCAGACCGAUGUCAAUAUCAUUGUUCAUUGUACUGAUGACUCAGGCUACUGGGGUCAUGGAGGUCUUUUCUCAGCCCUGUCUGCCCGCACUUCGCGACCGGAGAUGCAGUACGAACUGGCUGGUAAAAUGAAAGACUUGUCUGUUGGAGACUGCCACUUGGUGGCUGUGGAGGACGGAGUCGACUCGGAGGAUAAGGGAGACUAUGUGGCUUUAAUAGUAGCACAGAGCAGAGACAAACGAACUAACAAGCUGUCAGGAAUCAAACUCCCAGCCCUUAGCGAAGGCCUGGAGAAAGUCUAUCAGGUGGCCAAAGCAAAAAAUGCCAGCGUCCAUCUUCCCCGCAUCGGCCAUGACACCCCGGGGUUCAACUGGUAUGGCACGGAGCGACUCUUACGCAAACAGCUGGCUUCAAGGGGCGUUCCCACCUACAUAUAUUAUUUCCGAAGACAGCACGGUCAAAAGAGAAAGAAUGGCACUCAAGCUGGACAACCCAGCAAAGUCAAGAGACCUGACAGUGACGGUGAUGAUGACAAGAUGGCUGGGGUGUCUUCUCCUUCCUCAUCAUCAUCACCUCUUACAACAUCAUCGUUGUCAACAUCAGCCAAAGAGUCGCUGAAGCGUGGAGGCACAAAUGAGCAGUUGCCUGCCAUGUUUACUGGCAUGACUGUUCACUUUCACAACGUCUCGGAGGACAAGAUAAAAGGGUUGAAAAGAUUCGUUAUUGCUUACGAUGGUGACAUCUCCAGCUCUGUGAAUGAAGCAACCACACACCUGGUCACCGAUACUACUGAUGUGGAGGAGCUGAUAGCUGUGCUGGGAGACGCCACAUGCUGUGUACUCACUCCGGCCUGGAUAGAGGACUGUGUCUCAAAGGGGAAGUUGUUGCCCUCACACACCUAUGCUGUUUCCUUGAGUUAAUAGUUAAAACCCUGCAACAAACCGAAGAUUGUACUCUACACUACAAGAUGGUUCCAUCAUCUAUUUGAGGUUCUUGAAAAAAGCACUCAUUGUACUAUGAUUAGUUGAUGGAUGGUCUAGUAUGAUUUGCGCCUUCUUUUCUACUUCUGUCACCAUUAUCUCUCCUUUUUCUUUUCUUUGUUUGAUACUGUUUAGUAACACUCUAAUCUUCAGCACUUGAAUGACCUGUUUGUCUUGCAAAUGCUGCAAAA